CAAUUAAAAACAUGGAAACUGUCUCUUUAAAUUUGGGCAAUGGGCUCGAUAGCUUUCCUUCUUCUCAAACAAUCACCAAAAACCCUUUUAUUUCUUCCCAUUGCUCUCGUCGCUCGCUCUCCAAUAACGCAUUGCUAACUUUAGAUCUGUGAUUUCUUUCAAGAUGGAAUACAACAAUGACGACAAUCAGGCUUUAAACCAAAAAUAUGACUGUCUCCUAUUUGAUAUUGAUGACACGCUUUAUCCGCUGAGUUCUGGUUUAUCUUUGGAAGUCACCAAGAAUAUUCGAGAAUAUAUGAUCCAGAAGCUUGGCUUUGAGGAGGAUAAAGUUUCUGAAUUGUGUAUUUCCUUGUAUAAACUCUAUGGGACAACAAUGGCUGGUCUUAGGGCAAUCGGCUAUAACUUCGACUAUGAUGAAUUCCACAGUUUUGUUCAUGGGAGAUUGCCCUACAGUUUGCUAAAACCUGACCCUGUUUUAAGGAAUCUGUUACUUAGUCUGCCUAUUAGGAAAGUUAUUUUCACCAAUGCAGAUAGAAAUCAUGCCAGCAAAGUGCUUAACAGGCUUGGUUUGGAGGAUUGCUUUGAAAGGAUAAUAUGCUUUGAAACUUUGAAUCCCACCGACAAAGGCACUGUUUCUGUAAAUGAGAAUAUGUCUGAAUUAAGAGAAAUAUUUGACAUCAAUGAAUAUUCUUUACGUCCCAAUGCUGAUUUGGAACUUCCUAGGACUCCAGUUAUCUGCAAACCAUUUGAACAAUCAUUUGAACAAGUUUUUGAGAUUGCCAAUAUCAAUCCUCAUAAAACGUUGUUUUUUGAUGACAGCGUUAGAAAUUUACAGACUGGUAAAAAAAUGGGCCUUCACACGGUGUGGGUGGGAACUCCUCAUCGAGCUGAAGGUGUUGAUUUUGCACUAGAGAGCAUCCACAAUAUCAGGGAGGCAUUGCCAGAGCUCUGGGAAGCUGAUGAGAAGUCUGAGAGUGUUGUGUAUUCAGGACAGGUUGCUACCCCUGUGGAGGCUUAGAUUUCACUAUCAAAACAUCAAUGAAGGCUCUGCCUUUAGUCAUUUAGUAAAUGAGGCACUUUUGCCUUCGAUUUGUUGUAGCAGGAGAUCUAAAUGUAAUUUAAUAUGUAACUUUAGUAUUUAUAUCCUGCCCCCUGAAAGAUUUCUGUUUCUCAGUGAAACUUGCAAAAACAGCAUGUUUUAGUAUGUUUUAUAGAAAUAGUGAACUUCAAAAGUGUGCCAAACA